AUGUUGAUGGCAACACAGUCACCGACGACAGUCGUCGUCGUCACAGCAGUAAUGCUCGCCCUCGAUAUCAUCGUAGUAUUCCUGAGAGUAGUGGCUCGAAAACAGAGACGGCAGCCUCUGAAAGCCGACGACUGGUUUUGUUUCAUUGCGCUGGUAAGCUGGCCCAUCACGAUGCUCACCACGAACACAGCCAACAUGUAUCUCAGACACUCUCCUUUGGCCUUGCAACAACACUCUUCAUCGCUCCAAUACAUCUUCCUCGUAAUCUCCGUGCCUGCGCUGGGCGCCAUCAAAAUCAGCGUCGUAUGCUUCUACCGCCGCAUCUUCGUCGUGGACAAGACCAAUCUGCGCGACUUCUCCAACGCCAUGUACAUCUUCGUGAUUGCACUCGUCAGUAUCUGGACUGGUGGGUUCUGUCUUGCCUUUAUGUUCUCUUGCAAAGGCGAAUUUGCAGCUUUUUGGACCUCGGCGAUCAGUCUGAUAACCAAGUGUGUCAACACGCUGGAGCUGUUUUUCGCGUUUGCGGUGUCGGAUUUCAUCUCUGAUUGUUUUAUUAUCGUGCUGCCGAUUCCCAUGAAUGGAAAGCUGAUGGGACAGAUUUUGGGCCUGCAUUUACCGGUGGCGAGGAAGUUGGGUGUGCUGUUUGUGUUCUUGCUUGGUAUACUUGCCACUGUCGCAUCCUUGAUUCGCAUGAUCUGGGUCACCUGGGCGCGCACUGUUGGCUUCGAUGUAACUCUCGAUCAGAAUCGUAAGCUAUCUCUCUACAUGUUCCGUCAAGGCAACCUACUGACCAAUUUAUUGCUAGUGCUCAUCACGACUUCGUUGUUUUGGAACAUGCUCGAAGUGUCUCUUGGUAUCAUCGCAGCAUGCCUACCUACGCUUCGAGGACUUGCCAAGGCCAAGUCUGUUGAUUCGCUUGUCAAUAGCGACCGCGACAAGAUCUCGAUUCGGUCGGGUAGCGCUUCUAAAAAGAGCAAAGAUAGUUCAGGAUCCACUGAUGGCCACCGCAAGGACAACUCAGGACAAGGGACUGACUUUAUUACUGUGGCUGAUCACAGCGCCGUGUGA